GUCAUGUUCUGCGACUGCAAUGGCCCCGUCGAGGGCGAUGGGCGUUUCUGGACGUAGAUGGCGCUGUUGAGCACAUAUGUGCUUCGAGUCCCGUUUCCCUCCAUGGUUGUCUCUCCUCUCUCCGACUAACUUGGCGUUUGGCUCAGUUCAUUAUCCAGCCCGAUAUUUCUCCCUCCAUUAGGGCAUCUCUGCCUGUGGACCGAAGAUCCCACCGGAAGCCAGCGGAGGAAAAGUUUAACUUUCAACGGGGGCGAGAUGGACAUGAACAAGAGGAUCCACUUGGAGCUCAGGAACAGGACACCGUCUGAUGUACAAGAACUCGUCCUUGACAACUGUCGAUCAAAUGAAGGAAAAGUCGAAGGCCUCACAGCAGAGUUUGUCAACCUGGAGUUCCUCAGUUUGAUAAACGUGGGCUUAAUCUCAGUCUCCAACCUGCCUAAACUAGGAAAACUCAAAAAGCUGGAGUUGAGUGACAACAGAAUCAGUGGUGGCCUUGAUGUUUUAGCAGAGAAACUACCCAACCUCACACAUCUAAACCUGAGUGGCAACAAAUUGAAAGACAUCAGCACAUUGGAACCUUUGAAAAAGCUGGGUAUCCUGAAGAGUUUGGACUUGUUCAACUGUGAAGUGACAAACCUGAAUGACUACAGAGAGAGUGUGUUCAAGCUGCUGCCCCAGCUCACCUACCUGGAUGGCUAUGACAGGGGGGACAGGGAAGCUUCCGACUCUGACGGCGAGGUGGACGGAGACGGGGUAGAUGAUGAUGAAGAUGAAGAGGGGGAAGAGGAGGAAGAUGAGGAUGGAGAGGAGGAGGACUUUGAUGAGGAAGAGGAUGAGGAGGAAGAUGAGGAUGAGGAGGAGGUCAGCGGAGAAGACGAGGAGGAAGACAUUGGUCAGGAUGGAGAAGUAGAUGACGAUGAUGAUGAUGAUGAUGAAGAUGAAGAUGAACCAGAGGCCGACAAAGGUGAGAAGAGAAAGCGAGACCCAGAGGAUGAAGAUGAGGACGACGACGAUGAAGACGACGAUUAAGAGCAAAACUGAAAACGGAAGCCUACCGAGUUACCCUUCCUCCUCCUCCACAAACCCGAACAUCCACCCUCAUACAACUCGCACCACCUUUGUAAUCCACGUCUCCCACCUCCCAGCGCUGAGCUCUUUUAACGGGGCAAGACUGUACCGGAUGGGUGGGCCGAGUGGAGCUGCCCCCCACUUUUUUUCCUCCCCCAAUGGAACUGAGAGCCACCCAACAGCCUCCACCUCACUCACCCCAUGGCCCCCCGAGGUUCUCAGGCAGCCCACCGCUCAGCAUUCCACAAUUUCACUGUCGACCCCUCUUUAUGUAUUCCCCGUGUGAGAACUUUGGGACUGGUAUCUAGGUUUGGGUCUGUGGUUUUAAUAUUUCGUUGGAUGAAUUAUUUUUUGUUGUUGGGUUUUUAUUAUUUCUCAUUUUUGUCUCAUUUUUUUUCUGUACCUUUAUUUUUUCCCCAAUAAAAUUAUUGCUAUAGCAGCUGUGCAACCAGCGAGCCAUGAUUUUUAGUGUGGCCGCCUGUUGCACAAAUCAAGGUUGUAGCUACAUUUUUACUUUCUGUAUGACAAAAAAAAACUUUGUAAAUAAAAUGUUAACAUUU